AUGUGCCAACCACAACCACACAUUUUGCCUUACCACAUCUACCACAAUGAAAUUCCUUCGUACAAUAACGUCCAUGAUAAUUAUUCAGCCGUUCUUGCUUCAAGAUCAUUAUCAUCAUCUCGAUCAAGUUCUUCAAGGUCGUCAGCACAACCAUCUCCCGAAGCCAAAUCUGAGGAUGACUGUCCCAUUGGUUAUGGUGCUUUUGGAGUUGUAUGGGCUGUGACAGAUCCAAGAACUAACAAGAGGGUAGCGCUAAAGAAGAUCUCCAACAUAUUCCAGAGUGUCGUCUCGUGCAGAAGGGUUUACAGGGAACUCACCAUGCUCACUGACUUCAAACAUGAUAAUAUUCUUUCUGCUACUGAUAUUGUGUUCUCUAGGACAGACAACAAUGAAUUAUAUGUCCUGACGGAGCUGAUGCAGAGUGACUUGCACAAGAUCAUAUCAUCCAAUCAAACCCUCACCGUUGAACACGUUAAGAUAUUUGUCUAUCAAAUUUUAAGAGGUUUGAAGUUCCUACAUUCGGCCAACAUAAUCCAUAGAGACAUCAAGCCUGGUAACCUUUUAGUCAAUGGUGAUUGCAAACUCAAGAUAUGUGAUUUUGGGUUGGCCAGAGUUUAUGAGCCAAGCGACAUGCAGAGAAUGACGCAGGAGGUGGUGACACAAUAUUACAGGGCUCCUGAGAUUCUGAUGGGAGCCAAGCACUACACGUAUGCUGUGGAUAUGUGGUCAGUCGGUUGCAUCAUGGCUGAGCUGCUAAGCAGGAGGGUUCUUUUUCAAGCUAAUAAUCCUAUUCAACAGUUGGACCUGAUAGUCAGCAUCCUGGGUACUCCCUCCAUGGACGACAUGCACGGUACUUGUGACCCGGCCAAGGCACACGUCCUACAGUUGCCUUUUCAAAAUACAAAUCUGGCCCUCUUGAGAAAUCUUUCAAAUGACGUCACAAACGAAACAUUGCACUUUUUAUUGAAUCUGCUAUCGUUCAAUCCACGCCACAGGAUAACAGCAAGUAACGCCUUGACGCACAUGUACAUAGACGACGGUCGGACAAGGUACCACACAUCCAUCUGUUCAUGUUGCCAGUGCUACAAUCCAUUUGCUACUCAGCUAUAUAGGGACUACGAACCGUCAUGUCAGAAACCAUUCUCCGUUCAGUUUGAAGACGAGCUAUCCACUGUCACUGCUGUCAAACUCAAACUUACUAAACUCUGCAAAUCAAUUCAAUCGAGGAACGAAUCCCUGGGUAUCUCACAGCUCCAUCUUAAUCUUCAGUCACCUGUCUACAAAGCUUUUGCUAAAUCUCACUGUGCUCAAGUCUCGGAACUACCACCAUCUCCACACUUAUGGGAAUGAGGAAGAUAAGGAUGAUGAGAAGAUGACGUCAUCCUCAUCAUCUUCAUCGUGUUGACGUUCUCCGAGUCUCAACUCACUGUUAAAAAUCAUCAAAUAUUAAUGUAACCGUGAACUCCUUAUCAAAAGUCAAUCAAUAGUUUAUGAUGCUUUUACUCAUCCAGCCGUAUUUUUUCUUUCUUUCUUUCUUUCUUUCAUUCAUUCAUUUAGUAUUUGUUCAGAUUAAUAUUUUUUAAUGUGUAACACCGACCUAACAUUACACACGCACACACACUUCAUAUAUUAAUAUGAGGCUGUGUAUGUAUAUACAUACAUGUGUGUACAUAUGUAUUUAUAUAUGUGUUGUGUACGUGUUUGUUUGUAUGUAUGUAUGUAUGUAUGUAUGUAUGUAUGUAUGUAUGUAUGUAUGUAUGUAUGUAUGUAUGUAUGUAUGUAUG